UAUCAGUACCAGAAAUGCGUUCGGUUGCCGUCGAUCGUUUGGUAGCCGACAUAUUAUCUUUGAAGAGAACGCUUUGCAUAUAAGAAAUGAACAUCUUUUUGCCCAUUAGCAGUUGGUAGAUAAUGGUAUUAUAUCAUGAGACGUAAUUUGAUAUGCCAGUUCUGUUAGAUGGGAACACUAUCUGCUUCGCAUGUAUAUACAAGUUUCCGGUGAACCAAAAUAAGAAGAGAAACCUUUGUUUGAGUUAAUGAAUUAAAAACUAUUUGAAAGUGAUCUGUGGAACAGUAUAAUUCAGAGAGAUGAGGACGGAAGUUACAGAGUCACAACCUUUCAAAAACUUAAAAGAAUUAUUCGAUAACGUGGGUAACUUGAAACCAUGGCCAGAAAUUGGAGAACUACGAGAUUCAACUGAUUAUGUGUACAGUGGUUUAGAAAUAAGCGCAGGAAGAACGCGGUUAGAAAAAUUGGAUAGAGAAGUACAUCCGAAAACGUUGCUCUGUCAUGAUAUGAAAGGUGGCUACCUAGAAGACAGAUUUAUAUAUGGAUCAGAAUCUUAUGGUUCUUACCUAUUUUAUCACUGGAGUGUUAUUGACACUUUUGUGUAUUUUAGUCAUCAUUUCAUAACUGUGCCCCCUUUUGGAUGGAUUAAUGCAGCACAUAAUCAUGGUGUAAAAGUUCUUGGUACUGUAAUUACGGAAAGAGAAGGUAUCUGGGAUGUUAUACUUGAAUCUCAGGAAGAAGUAAGAAGAUUUGCAGAUGCACUAAUACUUGUUGCAAAAUUUUAUAAGUUUGAUGGCUGGUUAUUAAAUAUUGAAAAUACCAUUAAAAAUGAGCAAGUUAAUAAUUUAAUUUAUUUUGUAAAAUAUCUAACAGAAAAUAUUCAUGAAGCAAUUAGAAAUUCUGAAAUUAUAUGGUACGAUAGCGUAACCAAUGAAGGAAAAUUAAAUUGGCAAAAUGAGCUUAACAGUAAAAACAUAGAUUUCUUUUUAAACUGCGAUGCCAUUUACUUGAAUUAUAACUGGAUGAAAUCAAAAUUGAAAAACAGUUUGGCACUUGCAAAAAAUCACAGCAGAGAUAUUUAUGAUAUUUAUGUAGGACUUGAUAUUUGGGGAAGAGGUUGUCCUGGCGGUGGUGGAUUUAAUUCAUCAUAUGCUUUACAAAAAAUACGACACGAAGGACUUUCUGUUGCACUUUUUGGUCCAGGUUGGACUCACGAAUUUUUCGGAUCUAAGACAUUCCAAGAAGUAGAAGAUCUAUUUUGGGCACAGUUGUUUCCUUAUUUAUAUGUUCAUGUACCUAUCUACGAAGAAGAAGUAUUCAAAACAUCAUUUUGCCGUGGCAGUGGUAGCAUGUAUUAUCGCUGUGGUCAGUUUAUGCAGGCACUAUAUGAAAGGGAUGGAAAAAGAUUUAAACACAAACCAUUUUACAAUUUAUCCCUGCAAGAUCCACAAAUUUCAGUACCUAUACCGCACAUGAAAUUUACAUCAUCGCCUCAACUUCCAGAACCGAAAAGUGAAAACGAUCGAAAUGAGUGUUCAGAAGAACCGAUACAUUAUGUUUAUGAAACGAGAAAGAAUGUUGUUCGAGUAUUAAAAAAUGUUGUAAAUAUUGAAAAUAAAAUGCCAAUGCUAUAUGUAAAUAGCUUCGAAUUUUGCAGCGAGUUCUCUUUCAGAGGUGGUGGUUGCAUAGAAUUAACUACAAAUGAUCUUACAACUAGGUCAUAUCACAGACUAUUUCUCGUUCACAUCGAAUUUCAACAAGACAUUGUAGCAAUCAUUGCUUAUAAAAAAAUGGAGUCGUCCAUAGCAAAUGGAAGUCAACCCGAACCAAUACUAGUUCUCGGCAAUAAUACAGGCUUAAAAUCCAUCGUUCAUUAUAAAUCAAGGAAUUUGGUUGCCAACUGGAAAAGAUGUGUUUACCGAACGAACAUGAGGACUGUGAACGAAAUUGGUAUAUCUUUUGCGAGGAGUAGCGUCUGCUAUCUGGGAAAGAUCGUCCUCAAACAAAAGCAUCGACACCUGGACGGUCAGGAAGCAACACUUCGAUAAAGCUCUGUAUUCGUAAUAAAUUAAAUUCGAGAUCUGCUGAAAUGGAGGAAGAAUUUAAAGCGUGCGCUACUUGAAAUAUCAGCGAACAAACAAUUUUAGAACCGGAUAAUUCUUUUUGUAAAUUUUUAAUUCAUUAAUUGUAGACGUUUUUGGUUAAGAAAUGACCUAGUUAUCAACAGGUUAACAAUUUUCUAUCUGCCUUGGCCAGUAUGAAAUUAUUCGAAAUUUGAUUUUUAAUCGUAUCCAUCGGCACACUCGGUGCGUGAAAAAAGCAAUCGCGUGAAACUUAGCCGGGCAAUCGAUGCGUUCCAAUGAUUUGUUGCAGCAUGGUCCAAUACCGUCUAAACCGUAACCGACAAUAAUCAACAGUUUCACUGACCACGAUGAUAAAGUUAACGCCAGCAAUUUUCGGGCGUGCACCAGACACUAAUAGCUGUCAUCCAUUACGAGCUCUGAUGUUCUCGAAGUGAACAGCCACGGGCCGGUUACUCGUUUGUUUUAACAGUCACAUCGCGAACGAGCAACGCAAAUUACGUUCUGCUUGCCGUGUGUCACAAUAACAACUAUUUGUAAUCGAAGAAUGCGACCGGCUCAUUGAUAUUCCUGCGGUUAUCGAGUCGAAUUUUUCUGCGGUUCUACCUGCUGUUACAGUUUGCAUUAUAAUAUUUCUUUCUUUCUUUCUUUCUUUUUCUUUCUUUUUCUUUCCUUUUCUUUCUUUAUUUCUUUCCUUUUCUUUCUUUCUUUUUUUCCUUUUCUUUUUCUUUUUCUCUCUUUCCUUUGUUCACCAUGUAUGUUUUGCUUGUCAGUUACGUCAAGUACUACUUACACACAGUGGCUCAUGAAAGUUUUCCGACAUUUACCAUAGAACAUUUUUAUAGAUAUGUACGUUGUACAUGUUAUGACACUGCUGACGUUUAUGCAAAUGUGCUUUUUUAUAGAAUGCAAAUAGGAGAACGAAAUUAAUAAAUAAAUAAUAAAUAAAAUGAAAUAUAUAAAGAUAGAAGUUUGUUAGAAUGAUUAGCAGACUAUAAAAAUGUAUUGUUUUAUUUCACGUUCUUUGUAUGAUGCAUGUUUUGCAUAUGUAUAAGGCCAUAUGCAAACGUAUCUAUCACGUAUUUAUGUGACGUAUUUAUCUCGUCGAACGUUGUUACGACCGUUUGCGGAGUGACGCGGUCGCGGGGAAAACGCGUCAGCGAGAGGGGUAAAUUCUCGCUACGAUUCGUGUAAUCGACACCGCGAAGUAGUGGUUCCUCGUGUUUCGAUUAGGAUAACCGGAGCGGUUUAAUGAAUUUAUCACUGUGUUAAUAGGUUAAAAUAUCGUCUAUAUUCAACGAUUAGUCAUACACUAAUAUGAGCGUCACAAGAGAUAAAAGUCUCUGGAACUCGCGGCCAGGUGGCAACCAUACACUCGUCGAUACAUUGUAUUGAUAUACGACGCCGGCGGACCGCUAGCGACGGUUAGAAACACGACAUUGAAGGGGCGCCGUGACAAUGUGCGAACAUCUGGUUGCCAGUCUGCCCGCGGUAGAUGAUCCGGUCGAUGAGGGUGUCAUUCGACGUAACAACCGUUAUGCGUAAUUUAAAAAAUCUAAUGAUUCCACAAGAAGAUAAUAAAUAUGGCUUUGAUUAUUAAUUUGUCAUUUAUCUAUAUAUUUUAGUAACAUUCGUGAAUUGUUGAUGUAAAUCGACAAAAUGGUCCACAUGUUGCGACUCACAUAUAUUCUAUUUGCUAUACGUAACAUUUUGAAGUUUCGCCAAUAUUGUAAUAAAACACAAAUAUCGUGACUACGCUGCUCAAAUUUGUAACGAGUCUGAAAAUCUAUAUAGAGGUUACAAAAAUUAUUAUAUUAUUAUAAUAUAAUAAUAUAAUAUAAGUUAUUGCGUCUAUGCU